UGUUUCAGGUGACAGUCCGUCAUCAUGGCGGCAGUGCACCACCGCCUACUCCCAGUCAGAUGACAGGAACCUCCACCAGCUUUGAUUCCGAGGAACGAGGUGAUCUCAUAUCAUUUUAUAACCAAGUCUAUGUGCAACAAAUGAAGGCGUUUGCAUUCAAGUUCCGGGCAGCUCAGGAGGGUGAGCUUCCACCGCUGUCACCACUGCCAGUGGUGCGACACACACCAGUGUCACCGCGGCGCCGCAUCUCCAGUAACCACUCAGUCUUCAUUAACACACUGAGUCCUGUGAAAGGAAGCACAGCCAUGUCUCCAAGGAAACCCUUACCUUAUUACUUUAACAGAAGUCCUGCUAAGGAUUUAAGAGUGAUCAAUACCAUGCUCAAGCGGAAGGGCGUUGGUGUGAAAUGUUUGUUGGGUGAUGCUGACCUCGGUGGCUCAGAUGUUAAACGUCCUCUUCUUAGCAUGACAAAGCGUAUACAAGGAGUCUUGGGUGAUCGAUUGUCAGCAACGCCGACCCUUGACCUCAAGGAUUCAGCAGCACCACAGACUGCUCCAGCUUUGCCACAAAAUGGCCACUCUACCGAGCCAGUUAGUGAGGACUACAAUACAGCAGAUCAGUCAUAGCCUAUAGGCAGUUUUUAGCAGUGUUGAUAAUUUUUUUUUUUUUUUUAAUCUCUGCAAUGAGUGGAGUGAUAGCAAGCUUGUAUUGGUAUGUCAUAUUGUCAUGCAGCAGUUUAGCCUUGUGAGAUUACAAUCCUUCAGUGAUGUGGGUUAAAUGAGCAUUGUUUUGAGAAGAGUGUUAAGUUGGUUGGUUCUGUUGUUCAAAUGUGAGAAUGCAUCUCAUUGUGGUAUGAAUUAACUGGUAUAUUCCUAUGUAUCUUGCUGUUAUUUUAGCAAAUAACAUAUUCUUGUGGAUCUCCAAUGUAAACCAAAGACAUUUGGUUGAGGUUGAUAAAGAUGGGCAUGAAUAUUAAACGAUGGUAUCGCUGCAACUUUGUAAACCCACGACAAAUUAGAGGACAUUUCAGUUCGUUCUGGACCAUGGUUAACACCCAUAAUAUCAGCUGACAGAAUUUUGUUUCCUCAGUAAAUUUUGCAUUAACUGUAAAUUCAUGGAGCCAUGGUUAGUGACUUGUAUUCUUCAUGUGAUUUCAACAGAAAGAUCCAUUGGUGGCAAUACUUACCAUAAAUUAUUAAGUACUACAGUUACAUUAUUCUGACCAUCUUCUCAUCUUCAGAAAGAUAAGAUGCUCAGUAUAAAACUGAUAGAUAAUUUUAUUCAUGUUUAUAUAGCAAAAAUUAUAUAAUAAAUGUUUAUCGUUGUAACUUAAAUGUUUUAAUUUACUGUAUACAGUUGUGUAUCAUUUUUAUUUUAAAUUGAUUAAAGCAUAUUUGUAUUUUCAUUGUUUAAGCAAUGAAAGUAAGUUGCUACAGUUUGGCAUGUGUUCUUGUCCAAGACUUUGGUUGUGUUCCCUUGCUAUUUAGACAAAUAUGACAUGCAUUGAUAUGAUGGUAUCCUGUUAUAUAGGUGUAUAUAUUGCAGGGUAGACUAAGAUGUGGGCUGGGUGGGGUUGGGGGAUAGGGA